AAUAUGAACGAUGUGCAAUAGUUUUUAUAAACAACAAAUGAAUCAAAAUACGUCUAUCAUUGUUCUCGAACAUGAUACUGUAUAAGAACAAGCGGCGAGUUCAAAAUCGAGUCGUGCACAUCGAAAAAUCGAUUAUUGCGAGACGAAAUAUCGGUUCUAUUUAAUGGCGGUGUAAGUGGAGAGAGAAAGAGACAUGUAAUAUUUUUGUCGUGUGGAAGAGAACAUGUCCGCUGUCGGGGUUAGCGUCUAUGCCGAUCUUUUGUUUACGACGUCUUUGAAGCUUUUAUUCGUGUCACGAUAGAAUCGUUUUUGUUGUGUUUUUGACAAUGCACUGCCACCGCAUAAACGUUCUUAGAUCUCUCGCAUGAAUGAUGACGGAGCCGGAACUUUGCCGGCUCUGUGCCGAGACCAAAGAGAACUUCAUUGGUAUUUAUGACGCCGAAGGACAGAAAUUAGCAAUAGAAGCUAAAAUCGCUAAAUGUUUGCAAAUUCAGGUAUUAAUAACAGAUGGUUUGCCGCUGUCGGUUUGCAUAGACUGUUGCGUUUUAUUAAAUCAGUGCAGUGAAUUUUUUGAGAAGACCAAUCAAGCGCAAGCAUCUUUGAGGCAACUACUAAUAGAGCCCAAGUCUGAACCGUCGACUUUAGAACCAAAUAUAGAUUUUAUUAAGAAAACUGUUGAAUUUCCGAAAGAGGAAGAGAUUGCAAUCGAUGAAUGUCAACUAUCGGAUAAUUACAUUCAUAAUUCUGCUGUAGAUAUCACAAAUACAUAUUUUAAUAACGAAAAUGAAAAUGAUUGUAAUCAGCAAAAAUAUGAGACGGUAAAGGAAGAGAAAUGUAAAAUUCAAGUGAAAAAAGGUUCUCCCAAGCAGACUAAGAAAAAGGUUAAGAAAAAAAGUCAAAUGCAAAGAAUGGAAGAUUUGGAAUUAUGCCUAACCUCUGAUUUAAAAAAAGGACACAGUGACAUUAGUAUAAAAUCUAAUAUGAAAGUUCCAGACAAUUAUAUGACAGGAACAGAUUCAGACUUGGAAAUGAUAGAAACCCGUGCAGCAGAACCACCAAAACCUGGACGUAAAAGAGGAGAAGGAUUAGAUAGAUAUCCUUGGUUAUGUACUGAUUGUAAUGACAAGUUACCAAGUUUAGAAGCUUUGGAAGAACAUCACGAAACUGUACAUAAUCAACAAGCAAAGUACAUGUGUGUGCAAUGUUGCAAAGUCUAUGACAAAUAUUAUGGUUUUCUUACUCAUGUCAAAAGGCAUAAAACUAAAGCAAAGUAUAAUUGUGAGGAUUGUGGAAAAUCAUUUGUACAUAAAAGAGUAUUAGACUCGCAUAAGGCAGUACAUAGUGAGGAACGUCCAUAUGUUUGUCAAACAUGUGGUAAAGCAUUUAGACAACAAAGCGCUUUAUACAUUCAUAGUAGAUGUCAUUUACCGGAUACAAUGAAAAAUCGUUUUCAAUGUGAUCAAUGUGAUAAAAGGUUUUCUACUAAGCCUAAUUUGGUUACUCACAAACGUAUUCAUUCUGGUGUUAGGAAUUUUACUUGCGAUCAGUGUGGAAAAAGUUUCAUACAAAAAGGAAAUUUAGAAGCUCAUUUCUUAACUCACUCUGCAGACAAGCCAUAUAGUUGUUCUCAAUGUCCAAAAGCAUUUAAAACACCGUUACAAUUGAAGAAACAUGAAACAGUUCAUACUGGUGCUAAACCACACCAAUGUGCUGUUUGUGGUAGAACAUUUAGAGAAAAGGGUACUUUGAGAGAACAUCAUAGGAUACAUACAGGUGCAAUGCCUUUUACUUGUGAAUUCUGUGGGAAAUGUUUUCGUUUUAAAGGAAUUUUAACGACACAUAGACGACAACAUACCGGUGAACGACCAUAUAGUUGUUUAGAAUGUCAACACCAUUUUACAAAUUGGCCAAAUUACAAUAAACAUAUGAAACGUAGACAUGGAAUUAAUACGUCUCACACGAAGCAUUUAUCACAAUCUCAACAGUCGCAACAGCAACAACCACAACAGCAAGAACAACAGCAGCAGCAACAUUCGAUUCAAGCUAAUACUGCAGAAGAUCCACUUUCCAUAGCGCAAACAGAAUCUACAACUGUACAGGUAAUACAAGCUGUACCACACGUAACAGCACCUCAACCAAUAGUCGUACAAGCUAUACCAACAACAGCGAUACAAACUUUCCAGGCAGAUGUAUCUGGUACCGUACAGGAUACUGUAUUUCGAGAAAGAAAUGCAACAUAUUUUAAUGCAAUGCCAGCAGCUUUGCAAAACUUUUUACCCCCUAAUUUACCGUAUAACUUUUAUAAUAUUUCAAACGUUACAGAAAACGAUUUAAUACAACAUAGAUAAAGAUAAUUCAAUUUAAAAAUAAAAUAAAAGAAUAGCUUACAACUGGCUGUUUAGGUACAAGCCUUUUUUAUAAUUAUAAAACAAACAGGAUCUUGUUUCUCAUAUGAAUUCUUGUAAGCUGCAUUUCGAAUUUAGUUUCAUAAUUAAUAUACAAUAGUUAAACAUAAUACUAUUAAUAAUAAUAAGUUUUUAUUAUGUUUUAGAUUAUUUUUCUAAGAACUAAAAUAGUAUGCAUAUCAAUAUUUUCUAGCAGAGUCAAUAAUGACCAGAAUUUUGAGUUAUCGAUUAUUCAAUACAUAUAUUAUAAAUUAUACGUCAGAAUUCUGUCGUUAUAUAGAUUUAAAAAAAAAUUGUUUUGUGUUUUUUUCUUUUUUUUCGUCUAUAACACGUCAACGUCAUCAUUGGUAAAUUGAUUUUUAUUAUAUAAAAAGUCAGACAUGAUGGUAUUUUUUUGUAUAUAUGUUCAAUAUAAUUUACUUCAGUAAUUAAUGAGAUGUGUGUGUGUGUGUAUAUAUAUAUAUAUAUAUAUACACAUAUAUGAUUUGAUAUAUUACUAUAGUAUACUAUACACAAUCAUGUUUAUACAGAAGUACAAUUUACAGAUGAAAAAAUUUUAUAACUUCUAAAAUAAGAAAUAGGAGACCAAGAAUUACUGAAUAAAUAAAUUCAGUAUUUGUGCUCAUAAUUGCAGUAUUUGUAAAACAUAGCUAUUAAUGAAUUUUGUAACGAAUCAUACACGUAUUGAAAUGCAAAACACAAAUUAAGCACGUAUGAUCGCAAUCUUAAUAUAUCGAUUUAUGAUUCAUCAAAAAUUAUUAUAUCAUCAUGUUUUCGUAAGCUUCUUAUUCACAUAUUUUGCAUCUUAAUAACAUUGAAAAGAAUGUAGUUAUCAUAAUUAUUUAUUUAUUCUAUACUUAUAAAAAUUAAUAAAAGUUCUUAAUUUUUUGUAAAGAGAAUUUCCUCGCAUGAAUGAUAAACAUGAAAUUUUUCUGAUGUACCAUAUUAUUGGACAAGAAAUGUAAGUUGUGCGGUAUUCGAAUAUCAUUAUUAUAAUAUUCAAAGAUAGAAGAUUAAUAUUGUAAUAAGUUUUAUCAGGCUGUGUAUUAUAAAAUAUAAAAUGUCAUAAAACGUUAUGUAUAUUUUAGCGGUCAUCAAAAUUGAGUAUUAAAUAUAUAUUUCUCAGUUUAAAUAAUCUUUAUGACAUUAGGAUUUAUAAAUAUAAGAUGUUACAUAGAAAAUCUAUUUGUUAUGAAAGAAGAAAGAAAAACAUUGUAUGAUAUUUAUUAUUAUUAUUAUUAAUAUUAUUAUUAAUAUUAUUAUUAUUAUUAUUAUUAUUAUUAUUAUUAUUAUUAUUAUUAUCGUCACUGUCAUUAUGUAUCAUUAAUAAUAUCAUUAUCAUUGUCAUCAUCGAUAUAAGACUACUUGCAGUUACAUAAAAAUUCAUUCAUAUAAAAAUGUCAAAGUUCAGAUAAAAUAUAUCUAUGAGUUUAUUAUUAAUACAUUUUUUACAAUAAGAGCAUAAGCAAUAACAUAAAAUAUCAGUUAAUCAUUAUCGAUUAACAAUUUUCUUUGCGAUAUACAAUAUUUGUGAUAUAUUAAUCUGUAUGAAAUAUUGUUUGUAAAUAUAUAUAUUUACUUUUUGGUAUCGCGACAGAAUUAAAUAACACAAGGCUAUCGUUUAAAAAAAGAAUUACAUUACAUUUUUCCAACUUGUCUUGAUACUGAUUUAUAUUAUAUAAUAUAUUGUAAUCUUCACAAACACGAUGCAUAAUAUCAAGUACCUUACGUUACAUUAUGAAAUAUUUGAUUUAUAUGUCCAUAUGGUUUCUAAUUCUUGUAAAUAAUUAUACAUUGAAUUCAAUUUAUUUACAAUAUUUAUAAGAAAGCAUACUAUUAUUUUUUCCAUGAUAUUAAUAAGCAAUGAUAAAAACAAAUAUUAUCUAAAUUAAUGAAUAUUAUAUUUUACUUUAUGUUACGUUUAAAAUAUAUUAGAACAUAACAGACAAUUCUAAAUGGUAUUCAUUCUAUUAUUCACUAAACUGCAGUAAUUUUUUAUGCUUCCCUACAAAUACAAGAAAUGAUACAAACGAUGCAAUAA